UACCAAAGACAUUGCGUUGGAACGCCUCCGACCUCACUCUGCACUCCUCAUCACCCCGCUGGCUUCUGCUUGGUGUACGACAUUCCAGCCUCCGCACCUCUUACGAUCAACGUUGACGCUCGUGUCACCACUGCGCGCGCGCACGCCUCCCAGAACCGACAACGAACCGAAUUGCACCCCGAGCCUCCCUCCUAGUCUUGACCAUGCCUAUGUGCGGUGGAACAAAAUCGGUGCAGCGCAAGCUGGUACUUCUCGGCGACGGCGCAUGCGGCAAGACCUCGUUACUGAACGUCUUUACAAGAGGAUAUUUCCCAACAGUAUACGAGCCUACAGUAUUUGAAAACUACGUCCAUGAUAUCUACAUCGACAACACCCAUGUCGAAUUGAGUUUGUGGGACACCGCCGGGCAAGAGGAAUUCGAUAGGCUACGGUCUCUCAGCUACGAUGACACCCAUGCUAUCAUGCUGUGUUUUUCCGUAGACUCGCCAGACUCUCUCGAGAACGUCGAAACCAAGUGGGUCGGCGAAAUCGCCGAGAACUGCCCCAAUGUUAAGCUCGUUCUGGUCGCAUUGAAGUGCGAUCUGAGGAAGCGCGAAGACGAUGACGCCGAGGAUGCGGAGCCAGAGAAGCCAUGCAUUGACUACGAGGAGGGUCUCCGUGUGGCUGAGAAGAUCAAGGCCCUGCGAUAUCUCGAAUGUUCCGCCAUGAAGAACCGCGGCGUCAACGAAGCUUUCACAGAAGCCGCCCGUGUUGCACUGCAGGUUAAGACAAGCAAGGACAAGAGCGGCGGCUGCACGAUAUUGUGAUUUAACACAACUCAGUUCCCUUCCGACCUGCGACACUACUAGGACCCCAUACACCGACCGACCCAUUUAUAUUUUCCUGCACAAGCCGACACGACCUCCGUCUCGAUAUGUCACUCCAAGUCGCACCGUUCAUACCCUUCUUUAUUGUUUCAUUUGUCACUCACGUUUGGAUCUAGCAUAUGCGGGCAGAUCUCAUAUAACUCUCGCCUGAGCGUCGAGAAGACGGAAAAGCGCACGGGAUACGGACUUCCAAGACGGUCUCCUUGGAUUCUCCUUUUCUCAGGGUACUUGCCUUUUGCUGUUUUUUUGCGUAGAUGUUUCACCCUUUAUACCGCUUUAUUGUACAUGCUUACCUUUGUCUGUCUUAUUUUUUAAUCUACUUGUUGUGUAUGGCAGGAGGGGGAUGUGUGUAGUUAC